AUGAACGCAUAUUGGUUUCAUUAUAGAGCGUCAAUCAAGAAAGAGGCACCAAACUAUAAACGCACAUUUCUCGGUAGGGCUAGGAACGCUUUCCUGCUUAUCUUAUCUGAAGCUUAUUUAUUGUUCGUUUUUUUAUCUUAUCUGAUAAGGGGAAAAAGCCUGGAAAAGCGCGUAAAUGAUGAGGCGAAAUGCAGCCAAAGAUGCGUGCCGUUGCAGUUAGCUAACAACCUGGCGUUCGGCGAUCGCCAUAAGAGAUCUGCCAAUUUUAAAAAGGGUAUUGCCAAUACACAUAGUAGCCUUAUCUGCAGCAAGCCAUAG